AUGGCCGCGGACUCCGGAGCCGGCCGGCCACCGUUAGCUCCGGGUCCCAAUGCCGGCAGAAGCGGUCCAGCAAGCGUGCUGCGGGGAAGAGCAGGCGCAGCGGCGCGGCGCACAAAGAAGCGCGUCAUUCUUUCCCUGCACACGCGCCUGAAGGAAAGAAGCUCAUUUCGCGGAACAGAUUGUGUUUUGCAAAUAUCAGUUGAGGAUGCGGUUGUAGACCUCUCGUGGGAGGAGUGGCAACUGCUUAACCCUGCUCAAAAGAGCUUGUAUAGAGAUGUGAUGUUGGAAAACUACAGCAGUCUUGUCUUCUUGGGUUGUCAGACCAUCAAACCUGAUUUGGCUGUCAAGCUGCAUCAAGAAGAUUCGCAGGUAGCAGAUGAAGGAAUCCUAAGUCAAAACUUCUUAGAAAGAAAGAAAGAAAUGAGACUUCAUAAAUGUGGCACACAUGAAAAAAGUCUAAAACAUCCUUCUGAUUUUUUUGUUCCAAAAAGUAACUCUGGAAGAAAAAAAAUCAAGGUCAGUAUGAAAUUAUUAUUUUAUCUAAAAUCUGACAGAACCCAUGAUGAAGUAAAAUACCAUGAUUUUAAUAAAUCUAUAAAAACUAGCAGUAAAGAAUCAUGGCUCAUUACAAAUCAUAUAACAAAGUCAAGAGUCUAUUUAUGUAUGGAAUAUGGUAAAGUUUUUAACAAGAAAUCACAGCUUACUAUACACCAGAGAAAUACAAAAGAGAAGCCCAUUGGAAGUGGGGAAACUUUUGCACACAAGUCACUGCUCGCUAUUAACCAAAGGACUCACUCAGUAAAAAAAAAACCAUAUAGUUGCAAUGAAUGUCAGAAGGCUUUCAGUAGAAAGUCACUGCUCAUUCAGCAUUAGAGAAUUCAUACUGGAAAGAAGCACAAAGCUUGUAGUAGUGUAUGUGGAAAAGCCUUCAGCAGAAAACUACAACAAAAAAGACAUGCAAUAAUAAUUCAUACAUUAAAUAAACCUUAUGGUUGCAAUGAUUGUGGGAAAGCUUUCUCUCAGAAACUGAAACUUAUCGCUCAUCAAAAAAUACAUAAAAGAGAAAAACCCUAUAAAUGUAGUGAUUGUGGAAAAGCUUUCUUUUGGAAUUCACAAUUUAUUACUCAUCAGAGAUCACAUAAAGGGAAGGAUCCUCAUGUAUGUAGUGAAUUAAAAUGCUUCAAAAGGAACUCCCUUCUCAUUAGGCAUCAAAGGACUCAUACAGGAGAGAAACCAUAUGGAUGCAGUGAACAUAGUGAGGCCUUCAUCAGAAAGCCACAACUUAUUAAACAUCAGAUGAUCCAUACAGGAAAGAAGAACUAUCAAUGCUGUAAUUGUGAAGAAGCCUUUUUCAAAAAGUCAGAGCUAAUAAGACAUCAAAAAGGCCACUUAGGAGAGAAACUUUAUAGGUGUGAGCGUGGAAAAGCAUACUUUGGAAAGUCACAACUCCUAACACAUCAGAGAACUCACAAUGGGGAGAAACCCUAUAAAUGCAGUGAGUGUGGAAGGGCCUUUUUCCAGAAGUCAAGCGUGGUAUCGCAUCAGAGGCCACAUACAGGUGAGAAACCCUAUGAAUGCAGUGAAUGUGGGAAAACCUUCAGUGAGAAGUCAAGCCUUAUUCAUCACCAGAGAACCCACACUGGAGAAAAGCCUUUGAAAACACAGCUCCUUUGACAUCAGAGAAUUCAUAUAGGUGAGACCUAUGAAUGCAGUGAGUGUGGGAAAGCAUUUGUCCAAAAAGUACAGCUCAUUAAGCAUCAAGGAGAGAAGACCUAUAAAUGCAGUGGUUGUAAAAAAACUUUUUUUGAUAAGCCACAGCUUAUGCUUCAUCAGAGAAUCCAUACAGGAGAGAGACCCUAUAAUUGUGGUGAAUGUGGGAAGUCUUUCACUAGAAAAUCACAUCUUAUGAGGCAUCAAAAUAUUCAUACAGGAGAUAAAAACUAUGGGUGCAAACAAUCUGGUGCUAAAUUUCUCAGGAAGUCACAUCUCAUCAUACAUCAAAGAAAUCAUAAAUAGAAGCCAUAUAAAUGCA